AUGGUUGACUCAGAGACUAUCAACAAAUUCAUAGAAGUAACGGGAGCCUCUGCCUUCCAAGCAAUUCAGUACCUAGAGGAGACUGAUGACUUUGAAGCGGCAGUCAAUGAUUAUUAUUCCUCUCAACUGGAGAAUGAGAAGGGCAAGGGUAAAUCAGAACGUCCAGUCAAUCAAACAAAGGCUUCUGCAGGGCCCAAGAUCAGAACUUUCAACGACCUAAAUAGCAACUCAAAUGGGGACAACAAUCUUUUCACAGGUGGUGAAAAGUCCGGUCUUCAAGUUGAGAACCCAGACAAACGUGGGGACCCUUUUGGGUUGGUCAAUGAUCUUUUGAAGAAAGCUGAGGAAACUGGCCAACAACCAGAUACAAGGCCCCAUGAAGAAGCUCCUGCUAGACAAUUUGUUGGAACUGGCCACAAGCUGGGCAGUACGGACAGUCCCUCCGAAGACGGAUUCCAAGUUGGAGACGGAGAUUUAUACAGAUAUGAUGACCCUGCAAACGCAAGAUAUCUAGCCGACUUGAACGCUGGAAGGGCACCACUGGCUCUUCUAGAUGUCGAGAUUGGGCAAGAGGUAGAUGUCACAGUGCAUAAAAAGAUAGAAAAAAAUUUCACUCCUCCUAAGAAAGCCCGAGUUGGCUUUCAAGGUAAAGGUCAGAGAUUAGGGUCUCCAGUACCGGGCGACAUAAAGCUCAGUCAAUCUCCUGAGGUGCAACAAGAAACACAAGAGGAAGCUGAGGAGGAAAAGCAAAAGGAGGAGGCCGAGCAGCUGGGAACUGGGGAUUCUCCCGUUCAGAUUAGACUCGCCAAUGGUCAGAGAAUUGUUCAUAGAUUCAAUUCUACUGAUUCUGUUGCUCAAUUAUAUGCAUUUGUCAAUGAACAUAGUCCCUCCGCCAGAGAAUUUGUGCUUUCUCUAGCUUUCCCGGUGAAACCUAUUGAGAACAAUGAGGACACACUCAAGGAUGCUGGACUCAUAAACGCUGUUGUUGUCCAAAGAUGGAAAUAA